UUAUCACGUGGUACAUGAUAAGUUAAAGAUGAGACUGUUAAAUUGUUUACUAGACAAUUGGCGUUGGCCGAAACGCGUGCUCGCCAUCUCGAAGCUACCCGCCUUCGAAUUCCUGAAAUCCACGCAUCCCGAAUGGUCGAAUAAUCAGCUAUUGAAUUGGUUGAGAAAACAAAGUAUAGAUCCCGACGAGAUUCUCGCGGAAUAUCAUCGGCAGCUUGCCUGCGAGAAAGAACUUGCGCGCGUUCUACGUAAUCUCGACGUCAGUUAUCGAAUUAUGAAAAGAAUAGGCGAUGCGAGUAAAUGCGUAGAUUGGGCCGACUUGGUGAUCGCAAUUGGCGGAGACGGCACCUUUCUCUUGGCCUCGAAGCUGAUAACGAACAAUACGACGCCGAUAUUCGGCAUUAAUCCGCAUCCCGGAACUAGCAAUACCUUCGGACUGCCGAUCGAGCAUCAGGCGGACAUAGAAGAGCUAUUUGAGAAAUUGCGUGCGGGUGAUUACACCGUCUUGAUGAGAAGUCGCAUACGUACAACAAUGACAGGCGAAGGGCUCUAUCGACAGCCCUUUCACGUGCACGAAAAGAGUCGCAUAGAAGGCGAGAAGAGAGUCGACGCACUCAUGAGAUCCACUCAGAGGAAAAUAGCGGAUGCCCUGCAGCCCCGCCGGAGAAUUUUACCUUGGCUGGCAUUAAACGAGGUGUUCAUGGCCGAAUGUUUGGCGUCGAGACCGAUCAUGCUGGCGAUUCAGGCCGAUGACGAGGACGAGUUCGUGACUCGUUCCUCGGGUAUCUGCGUCUGCACGGGCUCAGGUUCUCGCUCCUGGUUUAGGAUGAUGAAUUUGCAAACCGCCGAAACCGUUCAAACGCUCGUAGCCAUGGCAACUGGUAAGCAACUCAACGAGAAAGAAACCUGCCAAGUGUUGCACAAGUAUCACAGUAACCUUCUAUUCCCACCAGAAAAUUCGAGAAUGGCAUAUAUGAUAUAUGAGAUAUUUCGAAAUUCGCUCUGGCCAGAUCUUAUUUCGGAUAAGCGAAUGUGUUGCAGAAUCAAAGUUAAAUCGAUGGGCUUCGACGCUGGCCUCGUUCUAGAUGGCAGCGAGUCUUUACCUUUCAACGAUGGCAGUACCGCGUCCUUCGAAAUUCGAUCUGAAUAUUCAUUGAAAAAUAUCAUCUUGCGAUAAAUGUCACACGUAGUUAUUGUAACUCCACCCCCAUUGCGCAAUAAAGCUAAUUCACUCGUUA